AUGGGAGAUGAUGCAUGGGUGAGUGAGAGUGACUCAGACACUAUUGAUCCUGAUAGUGUUGUGACUGAUGACCUGAAUGAACAAGUUAAGAAUCAAAGGCAGAAAAUAAAGAGAAAAGAAAAACGACAGCUUGCACGUUUAAAAGCAGAGAGGCGGCUUCUGAAACGCAAGGUACCCAAACGUGUCUCACAAAUUGUGAACAAGUUUCCGAACAUAGGAAAGGAUAUAGAAGAAUUUGUCAGAUCCAAUAAAGUAGGCGCAGAUGCAUGGAGGCGCACCGGGGUACUAACAUUUGAUGGUAAUAUCAAAAAAGGCCCAAAAGUCACCUUUCACAGAAUACAAAAACACUUGCAGGAAAAGUAUCAAACAAAGAUUAGUUAUGGAACUGUGGUACAGCUCUGCACUGUAAAAAACAAGCACAGGAUAUCAGCAAAAAGGUAUAAAGGGGUAGCCAAAAUCACAUGCAGAAGAUCAAGGAAAGGCUUUUCUGUCCGGAUGAACCCAGAUGGACAUUGGAAUAAUGCUGUGUACCGAGGACUAGAUAAAUUACAGCUAAAGGAUGGACUUGAUAAGGUGGUACUUAACAGGGAUGAUGCUGCAGGUUUCCGGUUGGACACAACGUACACUCACAAACAGCACAAGGGAGUGCAGUUAGCCAAUGAGCCAGAUUUGACUACACGAACUGAUUUUGUUAAUAGCUAUCCAGCCCAGCUACAAACAUCAUCAUAUCUGUUUAUGGAAACAGAAACAACUCCUAAGAGGUGUGUUGGGAUUGUGAAGCCCCCUGUUAUAUAUGAAAAGUCCCCUUCGCAACACAUGGCUGAUCUUCAAAUGAUCAAAGACAAAGAAGAACUCUCUUCUGUUUUCCAACUCCCGGAUGGUUCCCCUAAAAGUGCCUGGUGUGUAAGAGUUGAUGGUGCUGGAGACGAAGGACCAGGACAUAAAGAAGUUGCCUUUUUAUGGGCAGAGAAACAUCUUAUGGAAAAUCACUAUUUUACAUGUGUAACAUCCAGACACUCAGGAGGGUCAUAUCUGAAUGCUGUUGAACUAAUGAAUGGCUGUCUUGCUGUUGCCCAUUCUAACUUGUUUAUCCCAUCUACACUUGGAGGGGCAGUUAACACAGCUACAGGCUUUAAUGAAACACAGUUAAAACAAAACUUGGACCUUGCAAGUGAUGUUUAUAUUUCAAGAGUCCAAGGGGCACCCUGCGGUGAAGCAAAGAUACAGCUUUUUAAGGGAGCAUGUGACGAAGCUGCAAAAACCCUGGUAGAUAGAAGAAACUUGCUGCUUGUGUACCUAUCAGGAAAAAAAGAAGAAAAGCAAGACUUGAAGAAAAAAAAUCCACAACUCCAUGACCACUUUGAGAGUGUUUCCACAGUCCUUAAACACCAUAAACAUACCCAGCUUCCCUCAAAGUACUUCCUCGCACUAAGCUUGUGCCAUAAACCAGAAUGCCCACACAAAAGGUGUCAAGAAGGGAAAGGGACAACUUAUAGCUGGUACAAAGGAGGCCCUCUUACAACAUACUUCCCCCUACCCGUACAAGAUUUGUCAAAACCCUGGGGGUCAGAGUGCACCAAAUGCAAAGGAAGAUGCAACGGACACUUUCUUGGACCCGAGGAAGCAUAUGAGAAAGUCCAAAAAGCGGAAGGGGUGGUUCACCUUAAUCCACCAAGCACUGUGCUGCAAAAGGCAUACAACGAUGGUGUCAAGGCUAAUUGCAAUCUAAAUCAGAUUCUGGAAGGUGCAGAGGACCUUGCGAAAAAGACCUGCGUUUCUCUAGAUGAAACUACAAUGUGGCUAAAACACCUGGAUGAUGUGCGAUCAAGAAGACGGCAAGGGGCCCAAAAGGCUGCCGGAACGAGGGCAGCAAAAAAAGUUGCAGAAAAAUCCCAGGCCACAACUAGAGGUAGUGAGAGACAAAGGGAAAUGGACUCGAAAAUUUAUCCCGGUUUUCAAGUCUGUUUUGUGAACAAUUUAUCACAGCUGAUAUGUAUUUUAAUUGAUAAAUUUGCCCUUUAG